GCAAUACCAAAAAGGCAGGAGCAAUAGAACAGCACAGCAACAAGAGCUAGCAGCAAGCUAGAGGAAUCACAAGAACGAAGCCAGCCAGCUAGCCGAUCAACAAGAAAUAAAACUAACCAAGCAGUUGGUAGCACAUGCCGACGAGAUCGUCAUCAUCAAUGGAGAAAGAGCAGCAACACAUGGCAAAGGAGAACAGUUUAGAGAUGAAGGGUAGCGAACAUGGAGAGGUGGUGCUUCUAGGAGACGAGGAGGAAGAAGAAGAUGUGCUCCCUGGGUUCCGGUUUCACCCCACCGACGAGGAGCUCGUCACCUUCUACCUCCGGCGGAAGGUGGCCGGGAAGCGGCUUAGCAUCGAGAUCAUCAAGGAUUUUGACAUUUACAAGCAUGAUCCCUGGGACCUUCCAAAGUCGAGCACGAUUUCGGGGGACAAGGAAUGGUACUUCUUCUGCCUGCGAGGGAGGAAGUACAGGAACAGCAUCAGGCCCAACAGGGUCACCGGCUCCGGCUUCUGGAAGGCCACCGGCAUCGACCGGCCGAUAUACUCCGCCGCUGCUGGUCGCGCUGGCGACUCCAUUGGCCUGAAAAAGUCCCUCGUCUUCUACCGCGGCAGCGCCGGCAAGGGCACCAAGACGGAGUGGAUGAUGCACGAGUUCCGCCUCCCGCCGCGCCCCGAGAGCCCCCACACCUCGCCCAGCGAGCAAGAAGCGGAAGUGUGGACCAUCUGCCGGAUCUUCAGGAGGAGCAUCACCUACAAGAAGCAUCCGCAACAGCAGCAUGUCGCCGGCGGCAAGGUGCCCGCCGCGGCCGUCGUCGCGCAGCCCGACUCGAGCUCCAUCACCGCUGGCAGCCUCGAGUCAGAAACCGGGGACGAGUACACGAACGGCUGCCUGCCGCAGCAGGCUCCGGCGAUCAACAGCGUGAGCAGCGGCUACGGCUACGGCAACCAGCAUCAGUUUCAUGGGCAAUGGAGCAGUAGCGCCCUGCACACGGCGGCUACGGCCCCGCUGCCGUCGCCGACGACGAUGGCCGCGUUCCAUCACGGCGGCGUGCUUAGUAGCCCGGCCGCGCCGGACGACAGCCUGUACUACAAGGAUGGGAGCAGCUGGGACGACAUUGGGAGGAUGGUGAUGGAGCUGACGGACGACAUGUUCUAUGACACUAGAUAUGCAUAGGAGAGUUGCAGUUGCAAGCUUUGCAGGCAUUGCGACACACCACACAGCACUGCUACAGCAGUGAAACCCGCCGACCAAACACAAGACUGACAUGUGGGACCUGCAUGGCAGGUUCUUGCAAGGGAAUACAUAUGUAGAAUAGACCCCUAGAGAGUUCCAAUCAUUUUGUUCCAAUUGUAUCAAUUUAUACAUCAUGUUGGAUAUGAACAACGAACUAAGUACA